CGCGAGGGUAAUAUUAUGUUAAUACCAGAUGUCAUAGAGACGUUAAUGUCAACCAAGGCGAUAGCACCUCAAUACUGAUUCUUGUUUGUGAUGGAUAUUAUUUUCAAGUAAGCAGCAUUCAAGAAUAUGAAACCGAGAACUUACGUCUUGACAAUAUAACAGGCUAUGAUUAUGAGGGACCAGUUCAAGUCAAUGUAAACGGUGAAUGGGCUUAUGUUUCAAAACAUAGCAUAGAACCAACCACGGCAAAGACCAUCUGCAAACUACUUGGUCAUGGAUACGUCGGUUUUCCUGUUGACAAAUUCAUUUAUAUGACGGGAAAUCUUACGAGCGGUCUUCCCAUGCUUGUCGGCAUAUUAUCUUGCAAUGGAACGGAAAACGACAUUUCCACGUGCAUAAAGGGAUCAAACAACGUUAUACCAAGGGGAGCCAGCUAUGUAGCCGGUGUGCACUGUUUCGAGCAUGCAUUCAGUGAGGUACGACUUAUGGGUGGAGCAACGCCACGUAACGGCCUGGUUCAGGUGAGGAUGGACGACAGAUGGGGAUACAUGUGUGGUUACAACUGGGUACCUUCUACGAUUGAGGAUGUCAUAUGCAGGACUAUUGGAUACACUCAUUCAAAUGGAACCAGUCUGCCGCUCAGCAUAGACCAUAGCAAGAAUCAUAUCAACUGGUUGGAGGCAGCAGGAAUGGUGUGUGACAUAUCUGAAAGUAAACUUAACCAGUGUGCUUACGUUCACCGUCUUGAAUACCAGUUUGCUUGCAAAGAAUACUACCAGACUGUCACAUGCCAUACACGAUUGGGGGAAGUUUGUACAACUGAUGAACACUGUAGCGGAGUUGCAAACGCUGUGUGUGUGAACAAUCUGUGUUCAUGCAAAACAGGCUACCUCACGCUUGGUGAACAAUGCCCUGUUACAGGUGAUUUUUUGCGUUUGCGAAACGUGACUGAAUACAAAUACGAAGGCGUUGUUUUGUUAAAUGCAAACGGAACAUGGGGUCAUGUUAAUAUGCACGAGUCGGCUGUCGGUGUCGUCUGCAGAAACCUCGGAUAUGGUGAUAAUGGGAUUUUUGUCGAUAAUUUCUACUACAACGAUCACAUGCAUCCACAAGUUGCAAGCGCUAUAAGAUGUUUUGGUAAUGAAACAGAGAUAACACAAUGUGACAUUAACUGGAUACAACCAUUUCAUGGAGGAUACGAUUUAACGGGUGUCCAUUGUUUUGAACAAGUUUUUACAGAAAUGCGAUUAGUUGGUGGAGAGUCAAAUAGCUCUGGUGCUCUUCAGGUGAAGAUGGACAACAGAUGGGGCGAUGUUUGCAUACUAGUCUUCUUUAGUUUUACAUACUUGGACGUGAUUUGCAGAUCCUUUGGCUUCAUAGCUGCUGACUUGGAAGCAAGCCGGGUUACACCCCUUCCAAACGACUUUGAAAGGCUUACGGUUUGGCUGGAUUUAAACGGAGACGAAUGCUUUGGAAAUGAAACUCAUUUCAAUCAAUGCUCCUGGUCUGGAGCCAUAUAUGACCACAUUGGAUGCCGAAGGGGACAAGUUAAGGUUACAUGCAAGACUUCGGUCGAACUAUUCGAGCGUUGCACUAACAAUGAGCACUGCACAAGCAUUACACAUGCAUACUGUCGAGGCACCAGUUGCCGUUGCAGCACUGGAUACCAAGGGGAAAAUGGUACUUGUACAGGUUGUCCGUUCGGUACACACGGUCUUGAUUGUGCAAACAACUGCACAUGUGAUGAAACAAACACAGUCGUGUGCGAUGCCGUCACUGGUCAAUGCAUAUGCAAGAAUGGUUGGAUCGGAGUCAAUUGUAAUAUCGACAUAGACGAGUGCGAUUCUGUUGCAUGUCCCAAUAAUUCAGUUUGCAACAAUCAGCCAGGAGGAUUUAAGUGUUCUUGUACAGACGGAUUUCUUGCAAUUUUUAGAGAAAAUAAUGAGCGUCCAUUGGAAUGUAAAGCGUGUACCGGCAACACUUUUGGACCGAAUUGCUCUUCGACAUGUGAUUGCAACGAGUAUCAUGUGAUAGACCAGGCCCAGAUGUGUAAUCAUAUAACUGGUAUAUGCCAGUGUGUAACUGGCUGGCAGGGGUUGCAGUGCACAGAUGAUAUCAACGAAUGUAGUGCUACACGAUGCAGUGGAGCGAAAGAAAAAUGUGUUAAUUUGCCGGGAACAUAUAAGUGCGAGUGCCAAGAUGGUGACAUUUACUACCACGAUGGGAGUUGCCUCAAAGAAUGUCAACAAGACAAACAUGGCGAAAUAUGCAAUUUGACCUGCAACUGUUCUGGCGAACAUACACGAAAUGAAGGUAAGAGGACGUGCGAUAUAAAGACUGGUUCAUGCUUUUGUGAGCCAGGUUGGGCAGGCUAUAAAUGUACUGAAGAUUUCAAUGAGUGCUUUAAUGAAAGCAUCUGUACGAGUGCGAACACUGAUUGCCGAAACACAGACGGAGAUUACGCUUGUGACUGCAUUGAAGGCUACGUGAGAGAUGGUGAAACUUGCAUCAGCAUUGCAGCAACGGGAACUUAUGGUGAGUCCAAUAUUGUAUGGAUCGCUAUAGGAAGUGCAGGCGGAAUUGUGGGAAUUGCUGUUUUCGUCUUCGUUGUUUGGCUUUGUGUUAAAAGGAAAACAAAUGGAAAAGAGUCGAAUGGCCGUCACGAGAUACCUAGCACUAUACGAAACUCUGUCCAGCUUCGAUCUUCCGUUCCAAAGAGUGAAGAUUAUUUUACCAUCAAUGACAAUGGCCGUGAUAGAGGAUAUACGGAUCUCCAAAGUAAAAGAGAUGAAAACAGAAAUAACCGACUUAAUUCAGCCAAACCUCUCAAUGAAAGUGGUCACUAUGACUACAUAUCCGAUAAAAAGCCUGACCAUCCUCAAUCUCUUACUAUGCGCAAAGAUGAAAAAGGAUAUAUCGAGUUCCAGUACAGACCCGGUGCGGAGUAUUUGCCACUCGAGAAAGAAGCAAAAGUGAAUAACGACUAUUUGAAGGUGCAUGGCAGUAACAAAGGGAGCAAUGUAGACCACCCGUACCUUACGCCUAAGUAUGGCCAGCAUGACGAGGGAUAUUUAAGGCCAAUUUCAAAUAAUCGACACCAGAAUACGCGUAAACGGGAUGAUGAACAAGAUGGUUAUUUGCGACCGGUUUCAAAUAGGAGGCGCAAUACCACAAACCUACAGGAAAAACCUGUUGAGGAUGGCUAUCUUAAAGCAAACCGUCGCCAGGAACGUUAAAGAAAUAAUAGAAACAAUAUUACAGGUGUCAACGAUUCAAUGGAAUUAAACACACAAAUCCAAAAGCUCCCCUUAUUAGCAAGUUGUUCUUUUGACUCAAAUGAUCGUUUCUUGAUAUUUCGACGUACGAAGGUACAUCCUGCAGUAUAAGGUAAAAAAAAAUAUAGUAUAUCAUGUACCUGAUCGUCGGCAGCAUUUGUUUGCUCUGCCGAAGUGUGCAUACUUAUUGUACAGCAUAUAAACAAUAAAAUACUAUUAAACUUAACUAAGAUGUGACAUGUGUUGAUGGCUGUGACGCUUCUGACAAUAAGAAAAACUACUAAAAAUUAGUAUCUACCACCAAUAACGUGUAACAGUGUAAAUGAAUUGUGUAUACUGUAAUAAACAAUGCGUGGAUUUCUAAAUAACGUUUACAUAAAUUGACUCGUAUUUCAAGUAUUUCAAGUAUUUUUUCACCGGGACUGCUAUCAAAGUAUUCUUUAAAAGGAAAUGGAAGGAGAAAAAAUAUAUAAAAAAAUACAUCAAAUGUAUUGUGUAAUGUUGAUCGUUAUUAAGUCUAUACAGAAAAAUAAGAAAUCUAGAUUUAUCUAUGGAUUGCCAACUUAAAUUGUGUGAUUCAACUAUUCUUCCAAUUCUUACUUAGAAUGGGGUACUUGGGGUUACUCAGACGUUAACCUGUUAGAAAAGUGCAUACAGACUUUAUGAAAAAUAUAUUACAUGUUAAACGUAGUACUCCUCAUAUUAUGCUAUAUGGAAACAUUGGGAGAUAUCGCAUUUCAAUUGUUAUCAAGAAACGAAUUAUUCGCUUUUGGUAUAAUAUGAUAUCAAAUACUGAUAAAAUGUCUUUGUUGUUUUAUAAAUUCAUGUACUCAGACUAUGUUCAUAAUUCUAAAAUGUAUAACUGGUUAACAUUUGUUACGUCUAUUCUAGAUGAAUGUGGUUUAAGCUAUGUAUGGAUAAACCAAAUGUUUGAUGGUUCUAGAGAUAUGUUGUUAAAGAAAAUAGAAUCAAGUCUUCAAAAUCAGUACUCACAAAUAUGGCAUAGCAAUGUCUUUGAUUCCAGUAAAUGCCUUAAUUACCGUAUGUACAAACACGAACAUAAAUAUGAACAGUAUUUUGAUAAAUUGUCACCCUACCUUGUACAACAAUUAUUUAAUUUUAGAAUGUGUAACAAUCAUCUUCCUAUUGAAAAACUUAGAUGAGCUAAUGUCCAACGUUACGAUAGAAUGUGCAAUGUUUGUAAUUCUGGAGAGGUCGGAGACGAAUUUCAUUACUUAUUCAAAUGUAGUUUUUUUAAUCAAUUACGAAAAAAACAAAUUCCAGAGCGAUUCCAAAGAAACACAAAUUGUCUUAGUUUCGAAUCUCUUAUGAAUGAAAACAAUGAACAAACACUUCGUCAAUUAGGCAAAUAUUUGGCUAUUAUAUUAAAUCAUUUUAAAAAACCACCCGGCAUUCCAAACACACAAAACGUUCGAUAAUCAUAGAAGCAUGUAUUUUCCUUUUGAUAAAUGUGUAACAACUUUUCCACAUUAUUUCUUCCUUCUGAUAGUAACAACCCACAGCCUGGUUAUUGUAGUUAUUAGUAUACUAUUGUAUAACCUUUUAUCACAUGUAUGUAUGUGCUAAGUGUACCAAUAAACUUGUAAACUUACAAGCUUGUUAAACUAAUAUUUUAAAAUGCUAAAGAUGGGCACAA